AAAAGUGUACAAUGCAGAAACUGCUGUCACCCUAUCACCCACAUUAUGUGUUGAGAGACACAGGGUAAAAUAUCAUGUCUUCUCUGCUGGUGUGAUACCCUGCAGCAAUUUGCCUUAUCUUGUUUUUCAAGUCUGGUGGUACUUUUCACCCAGUCCCUUCCCUUGUGAUUUUAGUCACUUCCUUCUGUCUCACUCUCUUUCUCUCUCCUUCCCCUCAGAUGAAUUUCGGAUGCCAGUCACCCAGCCAUAGAUCUGUGUGUGCGCAUGAGAAAGGGAAUAGUGAGAGAGGAAGCGAGAGAGAGAGAGAGAGAGAGGGAGGGAGGAAGAGAGGAAGGGAGAGGGAUAGUUGGACAGAGUGCUGAACGUAGGGCAGUUCAUCAUUGUGUUAUGAUGUGAGCAGGGAGGCAGGAAGGAGGAGAGGGACCAAAGUAAGAGGAGGAGAGAGGGAAUUAACUGAGAACGCAGCUGGACUACAUGUCUAGUCUGAGGGAGCCAGAUUAGUGGUGACUCAGAGCUUUUGGAAUACUUACCAGAAGGGAAUAUGGCUUUGCACCGCUGUUAGACUGCAUAGUGUAUGCUCAUGUGAGUUUGUGGGUGCCACGGAGGGACUGAAAGGGAGAAGGAGUUCAACCUCAUCAAAAAGGAGUCACUCAGUGCCCCCCUCCUCAAAGACUUAGAGCAGAGGAGUACAGAGGAGGGGGGCAAGGUGGAGAGGAGGCCAGGUGGAGAGGUGGGCCCCCACGCCUGGAAGCAGAACACCUAAAGGACAAAGUGAAACGUGCCACAGCUCAACCCAAGGUUUGACAAAUGCUGACAAUGAUGUGAUGGUGAUGGUGGACACAAGCUCUCCUGGGUUUUCAGGCCACUGAGUCAGUCGGCCAGGUGAUGGGGAGACGGGCAGCUGACCUGACCACUCCUGUGCCAGUACUGGGAGUUCCUGCCCUGGUGGGGGUGCGUGGUUGGAGUACAGCAGGGGGGGAGAGGGCUGGGGGAGUGCUGCCACUGACAUGGGGUCCCCAGUGCAGUAUCGGAGUGCAGACUUCACCCGACAUGAGAGCUCCACCCAUCUUGCACGGGACAAAACUAACAGGCACAUUCCCCAGUCAAUCAGAAAGAAGCAUUACUCCUACAUGCAAUGGCUACAUCCCAAAAGAGGCAAAGGAAGAGGAGGGAAUCAGACAGACUAAGAGUGUCAGACAAAGAGGUGUUCUUUCAAAACAGAGGAGUUUAGAUUCCAAGACCAAAAAAGGUGUGACAUUUGAAGAGAUUUCCAGUGAACUUACAGAGAAUGUGGUCUUCAACAAAUGGAAAAGUGGGACUUAUUGCUUUGCCCGGGCAAUCAAGACUAACCCACACCUAUUAGGGGGCGUGGGGAACAGCCAGAUUAAAGAGAGGCGGGACUUGCGCUACACAAAUGGCAGCGUAGUUGACUCAGAGGCUAUAGGAGGGAUUUGUAUUGAUGGCAGUGAUGAGGCGGAGCCUGUCUCGACCAUGUCCUCUCGAGGAAGGGACCAAUCAAAACCUAAAGAACAUUCUGUGGCACAUUCAUAUUGUGGGAAUGCAAAACGACCACCUGCUCCCCCACCUCUCUGGAUGCUCCAGGAAAUGUGCAGACACUGUGGAGGGAGACAGACUGUGGUCCCUGGAGCUGGAGAUGAAGAUGCCAGUCUGGAAGUUAAGAGCCCUUCCUCUGCAUGCCCUGAAGGAACAACAGCCAUGAAAACACCUAUUUCACUCAUAGACAGAAACCACCUUCUCCCUUCACAUACUGAGAAAGAGAGGAACUCUACAUGCUCCACUCCGAGGCUUGCAGACAGGGAUCUGAUGCAAAGACAGCCGACACAAACAGAAUCUCAAUCCACCCACCCCCACUGUAAACCCCCUAUUUACAACAACAAAGACAGGAAGCCCAACCUGCCUGCAAACCCAGCGCCUGCAUGGAAAACCAAAGAUCUGAAACAGACUAAUGGUUAUACCUCACAUUAUACAUACCCCCUGCAUACCUCUAUCAGAGACCCAGUAGAAACCCUAGUUACACCUGCACAUACACACUCAGACAAGCCAACCCGCCAAAGAACCAUCUUGCACACAAAAUCUAUUACAGUCACUAAGGCAACUAUUGAACCCAGGCAUGCAGAUGCCAACACCCUUGAGACCCCAUCUCACUGGAGUAAAAUUCCUCGACCGAAAAUACUCAAAAUGUAUCCUCAGAUCGCAAUAGCCACCAGGGCAAACACGCCACGCGCACACCGUAAACAUCCAAAGACACCCAAACACCCAAAUACACAGCCCAACCCAUCAAAUACAUCAUGUACAUCUACUCACCCUUACUGUCCAAACACACCAUACAGAACCUUUCCUCCAAACCAUGUUAACCCAUCCCAUGUUAUUAGAGCCCCUAAGCCUGAAAACACAACACCACGGUCUAACACUGCUACAACAUUACAUAUAAGUGCACCCCCUUACCCUGCUAACACACACGCAACUAAACCCCCUAACUCUGCAAACUCACAUACAGCUACACCUCCCACCCCUGAAAGCACACUGACGACAACCACAAAACUCCUAAACAGUGGUACUAAAACGAGACAUAGAACAACACUCUCUACCCUCGCUAACACAUUACAUAUAGCUACAACUCUAAAACCAGCAAACACACCAUGCAAAGCCACUCUCUCUUACCCUUACAACCCAUCACACACAACUAUUCUCACAAGCUAUUAUAACCCAUCACACACAACUACACCCACAAGCUAUUAUAACCUAUCAUACACAAAUACACCCACAAGCUAUUAUAACCCAUCACACACAACUACUCCCACAAGCUAUUAUAACCCAUCACACACAAAUACACCUACAAAACCUUUGUUCCAUACCCUUAACCUGUCAAACACAUCACACACUCCUAGUUCCCCUGACUCAGCUAAUGCAUCCCCCAUAACACCCCCUAACGUUGAUAACGCAUCACAUACAACUAUAUCCUCUCUCUGUUCAAAUGCCUUAUACACAGCUACGCAGCAUCAGUCCUCAUCCACGUCACUGCCGAUCUGUAGACCACUGAUCAUGACACAGAUACACAACAAUAAACCACCUGACCCAUCAAACAGAUCAACCACUAACACGCAGAAUAACAGCACAUUUAUAAAUACACAUAUUGAACAAACCGCUGCCCUUCACACCAUCGUAUCACAGACACAUCAGGAAAGACACUCUGGAAUAUUCAAUGCAUCACAGGUCACUAACCUUCCAAAACACAUCACUGAAAUAAUGAUAAACAAAGAAUGGGAACAGCAGGGACACAUUGUCACACAACAUCAGGGAGACCUUUUCACAAACCUAAAACCUGGAUCUGAGUGUCAGAUACAUUCUCACAAAGAGCACAUUCCCUCCAGCGUGUUACAUGCACAUGCAAAUACCACAUUUAGAUUCAGCCUUGACAGGCAGAUAUACACAAAUUAUGCUCCAACUUCCAGCACACCACAGACACAAACAGAUCCUAAGCCCCUCAUUGCAUCACAGACAAACAUUACUGCACAUGUCAAACCCAUCACCGAAACACCAAACCACACAAACAAAGACUUCCGUUCCACACCAUCCCCACACAAACACACAAGCCCCACACACCGACUCAUACCACAGGUCCGUCCAUACACAAUCACUGAACUCCUCACACACAAAGCAAUAAACCCCAAGUACAACCCCCUUUUGCCGCCAUCACGCAUGGCACACCUAGAAUCCUACACCCUCACCCAUUCCAAUCAGACACACCAGAUGAUCCAUCCAGUAUUUUUGUUGUCAAGUACCAUCCCACAACCCUCCCGAGACGACCCUAGGCUGGCUCACUCCCACCCGGCUGAUACAGACCUGCUGCUGCUGCCCCCCUCCCCACAGUGCAGCAGGCCACCCCGUUUCCAUAGGAGGCUGCAGUGUGUGGAGGCCAGCCUGGCAGCCAACCAGGACAGGAUCACUACACUUCUCAACAUCAUCCAAGACCUUGAGAUGAGCCAUGCUCUCAACAAGGGGCGGCGAUGCUACAGGACAGGCCAAGACCUCCGGGAGUGCUCCACCUGUCAGAAGACUGCUUGUAUCGUAUAUAGUGUGGAGUAUGACUUCAGGCAGCAAGAGAGACGUUUCUUGGAGGUUUUGUAUCCCCAGAGGGCUGACAACAACACUCCUCCCUCCCUGCCCCACAACAGCACCCUGCUGACGAACGCCAUCACUAAGACCAUGACCAAGUCCAAGGUUAAAAGCAAGAAGUUGUGCAAGAUGCUUUUCCAAUGGCUGCCUAGGACAAUUCAGCGAACAAAGUCCUCCUUUCACCAACUCUCUCCAGAUAAUUUGAAUUCCUAGCAUGUUAUUCAUGAGGUAUUGAGGUAUCCCUGUAAUAUAAGAUCUGAUGGUGUGUUCAAGACAACUGGGUCUAAAAUACAAGGUCAAAUCAAGAUGUCAGUAAUCUCCAGGUCGGAAAAUCAGAGCUCUUGAAAGAGGCCGAAUUCCUGAGUCGGAAUUCUGAGUUAGAUGAACGUUCCAAAUGAUUUUUCCCUGUCGGAGUAAGUUUUUCUGAGAGUUCCCAAUUUUCUUGAGCACACUGAAGUCGGAAGUCAGAGAUUUCCAAGUUCCCAGCUGUUUUGAACUCGGCAUGAUGUCCCUAUCACAGCAAGUAGCACUUGUCAUUGUAGAAGACACCUACAUCCCUUCCUGUCCACAUGAUGGGUGUUCUGAAAUCUGAUUUGCUCCUUAAUGAUUGAUUGACACCCUAUUGUCCAAUCACGACAUAGCAUGAACAGGAAUUGCCCUUAGUAACUACAGACCUUUGCCCAGUCUAGCAACAGUCUAUCAUAUGGAGAAAACUUCAUCCCUCAGGUUAAAAUCAUGAACUUUCAUCCAAAGCACAUGCACUAGUUGUUGAACUAGAUACAACAUCCAAAAGUUUGCUAGAUUGCAAUCACUAUUUUCAGAGCCUAUUGUAGAUGAUAGUCCAUAUUCUAUAGUAUUUUAUUGUAGCUAAGCAUCAAGUGAAGUGUUGCAGUCCUCUACCAGCUUAUCCCUGGGUCAAUGUAUAUACAUCAUAUUUUUGAAAAAUAAACCAAAGCCCACAGUACAAUACUGUAAACAUUUUCUUUUCAUGUUUGAUUAAAUAUCUUA